AGAAACUAAUUAAUAUAAAUUCAAAAUGGAAAUGAACUCCAGGCAAAGCAUAAACAGAAUGAACAACAAUCUGCUAUCGUUGAAGCCGAAUCUCUCAUUUGCAUCAUAUGAAUACAUUGGAGAGGAGAUGGCAAUCAGAAAAUACUUGGAAUCGAAAAAGAAAUUGUUUUUAUUUUUGGGGAUUUCUGAAAUUGUUGAAGCAAUAUUGAGUGCGAUUGUGUGGGCUGCGCAUACGAUGGAGUACAAUCAAAAUGUGUUUCUAUUACCGUCAUUAGGGAGUUUGGUGAUUAUUGUGACAGCGAGCUUCGCAAUAACAAUGGGGUGUAAACCCCAGAAAUGGCUGUGUGGAACGAACAUGCGGCUCGGAAUCUUUUCCGCUGUUGCUGGGCUAUCCGGUAUGCUCGUCGGAAUAAUAGAGAUUGUGUUUGGCAACAAAGUUCUUGGAUCACUUCUCAUAGUUAUUCAAUUUAUGAUGUUCGUCUCAUUUCUCACACAAGCAGUUAUCGCCGGCUACGCAUUAAAAUGUUGCGUCUGCUGUAGUUACGAUCAAGAAGAAAUUUUGAGUGAAGUGUUUGGUGGAUCUGCAGUUUGGGAGAAUCCAUCGGCCAAUCCGUAUGAAACUGAUGGCAGAAUUGCAAGCGUGACCACAUUAUCUACCGUAUCUACAACAGCUGAAUUGACACCAACUUACCAGCAUUUACCAGGAAUGGUGACAGACUAUUAAACAAUCUGUAUGAAGUAAAUAAGAUCAUCGGAGGCGUUUAUAACAAGUUCUGGAAGAGCAAAGAAGUAGGCGAACAGUAGUAUCAAAAUCAGCAUAUAUUGGCUAGCAUUGCAAGAUCUAAAUUUAGAACACUGCACGAACUUAUUUAAGGCUUUUUGACGCACGGUAUCUAUAAUCAGAGCUUGACAGCUUAAGCAUAUUAGCCAGCAGAACUCGAACAGAUUGCUUUGAUAAGCGACUUUUCGUCUCAAUCUGUUUUUCCUGACACAUGAUAUUUAUAUAUAUAUUUAUAUAUUUGUUAUGGAGAUUGCAGUGCUCGCGCUUCCUUUAUUAGUGUGUACUUUUACCUAUAUCCGAGCAAAAAUAUAAUACUGUGCAUCAAGUAUACACUAGUCUACUAGUCUAUUAUUA